CAUUUCAUAAAUAGUACAAGGAAACCACAAAUAAAAAGAUAUUAUCUCAUACAAAAGAGUGAAGGAAAUCUAGGAUCAACAUGCUUCUUCAUUUUAUUCUAUCUCUUUAUACACUUCCUUUUACAACUCUUCAAGAUUCUAACACAAGUGCUAUAGCAAAGCCAAACUGUCCAACCCACUGCGGAAACGUGACAGUUCCUUACCCUUUUGGUAUUGGCAAAGACACGGGCUGUUCCCUUGACGACUCGUUCUACGUGACUUGCAACUCGUCUUACAAACCUCCAAAAUUGUUCCUUGGUUCAACCGACGAUAACAUCGAAAUAUACAGCAUUUCAGAGUCAGAAUUCCGCAUUCACAAUGAAUUUGCAAAUAGGUGCUACAACCGAAAUGGAACAAUCUCCGAAGAUUACGAUUGGAGUAUUGAGUUAAGUGCAUUCACUUUCUCUGAAAAGAACAAGUUCACAGUCCUUGGGUGUGAUGACUAUUCUAUCAUCAGCGGGAGAAACGACGGCGGAGAAUUUUCUAGUGCCUGUAUGGGGGUAUGUAGCAAAGCACAGGAUGUGGCUGAAAAUGGGCAGUGCCCAGGAGUGGGCUGUUGCCAGACAUCUAUACCCAAGGGCCUAGACUACUAUAGUAUUACACUUAACUCCUUUCAAAACCACACAGGUGUUUGGUCCUUCAACCGCUGUGGCUUUGCCUUUGUUGGUGAGGAAGGCACUUUUGUCUUUCAGGGCACCAAUGAUUUAUCUCUUGAGGGGGGUGUUUGGGAGAGGAUAGAUGCCACUGUCCCUGUUGUGGUAGAUUGGGUAAUUGCGCGCGACACUAGGAAUUGCUCCGAGCCUUCUGCUUGCAAAGAAAACAGUUCCUGCUAUGUGGUAGAAGGCGGUGGGUAUCGUUGUAGAUGCAACAAUGGUUACGAGGGUAACCCCUAUCUUGAUCCCGGAUGCCAAGACAUCAACGAGUGCAAUGAUCCAGGAACUCAUCCUUGCUACGGUGAUUGCAAGAAUACUCCUGGGAGUUAUAAUUGUACUUGUCCAUCAGGAUCAUUUGGUGAUGCAAAAAUAGAAAAUGGUUGUCAACACCCUAAUAAUUCAAAGUCUUCUUCAUCUAUAUUCAUUAUAGCAAUGGUGUUUGGCCUAUUAGCAGUACUAUCUGGUAUAUUAGGAAUUUUCUAUUGUAUAAGGAGGAGGAAGGUAAUGAAGCUUCGAGAAAAGUUCUUUGAGAAAAAUGGAGGCUUGUUACUAAAAGAAAAGAUCAAAUCACAAGGGUCUCAUGAUGCAAUGACUUUGUUUAGCAUUGCACAACUUCGCAAAGCUAGUAAUAAUUAUUCUCAAGAGAAUAUUAUUGGUCGAGGUGCUUUUGGUGUAGUAUACAAGGGAGUUUUAUCUGAUAAACGUGAAGUUGCAAUAAAGAAGUCUAUAAUAGUAGAUGAGAGUCAAGCAGAGCAGUUCAUAAAUGAAGUCUUUAUUCUUACACAAGUCAUCCAUCGAAAUGUGGUAAAGCUAUUAGGGUGUUGCUUGGAAGAGGAAAUCCCUGUAUUAGUUUAUGAAUUCAUCUCUAAUAACACUCGUUUCCAUCAUAUUCAUUCUAGAUUGGGUGGAAUGAGUUGGUUAUCAUGGGAAAAUCGGUUGAGAGUAGCUGUUGAAGCUGCUGGUGCACUUGCAUAUCUUCAUUCAGAAACCAUAAUGCCAAUCAUACACCGAGAUGUCAAGUCUACCAACAUAUUACUAGAUGAUAACUACACCAUAAAAAUUUCAGAUUUUGGUGCAUCAAGGUUGAUCCCAUUAGAUCAUGAGCAUGUAACGACUCUUGUUAAAGGCACACUAGGGUAUUUGGAUCCUGAGUACUUCAACACAAGCCAACUAACUGAGAAAAGUGAUGUAUAUAGCUUUGGAGUGGUCCUUGACGAGCUCAUAACCGGGAAAAAAGUAAUUAGCGCUGAUAGAUCCAAUGAUGAAAAGAAUAUAGCAACAUAUUUUGUCAAUUCAGUUACAGAAAACCGGUUACACGAGAUUAUUGAGCCUCGGAUAUUAGAUGAAGGGACUCUUGAGCAGAUACAAGGUGUUGCUGAUUUGGUGAAAAAAUGCCUUAAUUUACAAGGUUGUGACAGACCUACAAUGAAAGAAGUGGUAUUGGAGCUAGGCAACUUGAGGAAAUCUACAGCUCAUCCUUGGAUUCAACAACAAACAUUUGAGGAGACUAGAAGUGUAGCCCAUGAAGUUGGGCAAUGUGAUAUUUUUGAGUUCUCAGUAGUUACCUCUGGUUAUGGUAAAAUGGGAUGUUAAUCUAGCAGCACAUUUGUACAUGCUAGUUGUUUGAAGAAUAAAUCAGAGUUAAAGCGUUUUUUUGAUAAUAGUGUGAGCAUCGUCACAUUACACCAAUCAUAUAUGGUUAGUAAAGUUAUAUAUAAUUGUUGUCUUUUAUGUUUACCCUAUUGCUGCACUACUUGUAACAAAUUAUAUAAAACCUAUGGGUGUAAGAUUUGUCUUUACGUUUUCUUAAUCAUGUUGUGUAAAAUUUA